GCCGGAGCCCCCCCGGCCCCAGCGCAGCCCCCCCUGCAGGUGUCGGCGGCCCGGGAGGAGGUUCCCGGCCGGCGCGGCUUCCCGGGCUACAUGUACACGGACCUGGCCACCAUCUACGAGCGGGCGGGGCGGGUGGAGGGCAGGAACGGCUCCAUCACCCAGAUCCCCAUCCUCACCAUGCCCAACGACGACAUCACCCACCCCAUCCCCGACCUGACGGGUUUCAUCACCGAGGGGCAGAUCUACGUGGACCGGCAGCUCCACAACCGGCAGAUCUACCCCCCCAUCAACGUCCUGCCGUCCCUGUCCCGGCUGAUGAAAUCGGCCAUCGGGGAGGGAAUGACCAGGAAGGACCACGGGGACGUCUCCAACCAGCUGUACGCCUGCUACGCCAUCGGGAAGGACGUGCAGGCCAUGAAGGCGGUGGUGGGGGAGGAGGCUCUGUCUGCCGACGACCUGCUGUACCUGGAGUUCCUGCACAAGUUCGAGAAGCAGUUCAUCUCCCAGGGCCCCUACGAGAACCGGAGCAUCUUUGAGUCCCUGGACCUGGGCUGGCAGCUCCUGCGCAUCUUCCCCAAGCAGCUGCUCAAGCGGAUCCCGGAGAACAUCCUGGCCGAGUUCUACCCCCGCGAGGCCAAGGCACCCGAGCAGGGCCCAGUGGGAACGGCCCUGUGACCCCCCCCGCCGGAUCCCCACAGACCACCCGAGGGCCCCUGGAGGGGCUGCCAGGGCCUGGCUGCCGGGUGGGCACGGGGGGUGUCCUGGAACCGGGAGGAAUCUCCUUUCCUUGGGGAAUAAAGCGCUGUGGUCACCAA